GAAACGUCCCUAACUCUUGGCCGCGUAGGUGUCCUCUUCCUUUGUAUUUGGCCAACUAUAUAAACUUGUACUUGUGCCCCUCUUUAGGAUGCUCAACAGGUCACGCCCUUCUCCCCCUUCCCCUGUCUCCACCUAGAUUCCAUUAGCUAUGGCGGUCUCUGGUACAUUCAUUAGACCAAAUCAGUACUUCUCUUCAUGCGUCAAUACUCCAAGUCCAAGACUAAAUCCCAGUUGCAGAAAACAGUUCUGUUUGAAGGCUUCAGCUGGUAACUCAGACGGCGAGGACCGCAAGUUGACAAGAAAGGAGAAAGACGGAGGAUGUAAGAUCGAGUACACUACUGAAAAACCAGCCACGCCAUUGCUGGACACAAUCAAUUACCCAGCUCACAUGAAGAAUCUAUCAACACAGGAUCUCGAACAACUAGCAGCAGAGCUCAGAAUGGAUAUUGUUCACAGUGUUUCACAGACAGGUGGGCAUCUCAGUUCUAGCUUGGGUGUGGUGGAGCUAUCAGUGGCACUGCAUCAUGUGUUCAGCACCCCUGACGAUAAAAUCAUAUGGGAUGUUGGUCAUCAGGCUUAUCCUCAUAAAAUUCUCACAGGAAGGAGGUCCAAGAUGCAUACAAUGAGGAAAACUUCAGGUCUUGCAGGAUUUCCCAAAAGGGAUGAGAGCGUUCAUGAUGCUUUUGGUGUCGGGCACAGUUCUACAAGCAUAUCUGCUGGUUUAGGCAUGGCAGUUGCAAGAGAUCUACUUGGGAAGGACAACAGUAUCAUUUCAGUGAUUGGAGAUGGAGCCAUGACAGCAGGACAAGCAUAUGAAGCCAUGAACAACGCAGGAUACCUUGACGCUAAUCUGAUCGUCAUACUGAAUGACAAUAAGCAAGUCUCUUUACCCACCGCCACCCUUGAUGGCCCUGCAAUGCCAGUUGGAGCCCUCAGCAGUGCUCUAACCAAACUCCAAGCAAGCACCCAGUUUCGCAAACUUCGAGAAGCUGCAAAAAGCAUUACAAAGCAAAUCGGAGGACAAACACAUGAAGUUGCAGCUAAAGUAGAUGAGUAUGCAAGAGGAAUGAUUAGUGCUUCUGGAUCCACUCUCUUCGAGGAGCUUGGAUUGUAUUAUAUUGGUCCAGUAGACGGUCACAAUGUUGCAGACUUGGUCAACAUUUUCCAGAGAGUGAAAGCCAUGCCUGCCCCGGGGCCAGUUUUGAUCCACAUCAUGACAGAGAAAGGAAAAGGCUACCCCCCAGCUGAGGCCGCAGCUGAUAGAAUGCAUGGGGUUGUCAAGUUUGACCCACCAACAGGCCAGCAAUUUAAGACCAAAUCCCCUACGCUUUCAUACACUCAGUACUUUGCUGAAUCUCUGAUAAAGGAAGCUGAAACAGAUGAGAAAAUUGUAGCGAUCCAUGCAGCAAUGGGUGGUGGCACUGGUCUAAAUUACUUCCAGAAGAGGUUUCCAGAUCGUUGCUUUGAUGUGGGGAUUGCUGAGCAACAUGCUGUCACAUUUGCAGCUGGUUUAGCUGCAGAAGGUCUCAAGCCAUUCUGUGCUAUCUACUCAACAUUCCUGCAACGAGGAUAUGAUCAGGUCGUCCAUGAUGUAGAUCUUCAAAAACUACCUGUCCGCUUUGCAAUGGAUCGAGCUGGCUUGGUUGGUGCAGAUGGUCCCACCCACUGUGGAGCAUUUGAUAUCACAUACAUGGCUUGCUUGCCCAAUAUGGUGGUUAUGGCUCCAUCUGAUGAAGCUGAACUGAUGCACAUGGUCGCCACAGCAGCAGUUAUAGAUGAUAGACCAAGCUGCUUUAGAUUUCCAAGAGGCAAUGGUAUUGGAGCAGUUCUUCCUGCCCAUAACAAAGGAACUCCAAUUGAGAUUGGGAAAGGAAGAGUACUGAUGGAAGGCAGUAGAGUUGCAAUUUUGGGAUAUGGUUCUAUAGUUCAGCAAUGUGUGGGAGCAGCAAACAUGCUGAAAACCAGGGACAUAUUCGUGACAGUCGCAGAUGCAAGGUUUUGCAAACCUUUGGAUACAGAGCUAAUCAAGCAAUUGGCCAAGGAGCAUGAAAUCCUUAUUACGGUGGAAGAAGGUUCAAUUGGAGGUUUUGGAUCUCAUGUAUCACACUACCUAAGUUUGAGUGGUAUUCUAGAUGGACCACUCAAGUUGAGAGCAAUGGUACUUCCUGAUAGAUACAUUGAUCAUGGAGCACCCCAGGAUCAACUUGAAGAAGCAGGCCUCUCAUCAAGGCAGAUCUCAGCAACAGUAUUGUCUCUCUUAGGGAGGCCAAAAGAAGCUCUUCAGUUCAUUUCAGGACGAGAGUGGACUCAUUGAUGUUGCCAUGAUAGCUGUAUAUAUCAUUUACAUCCUCAGAGGCUAUCUGGAUUACGGAGAAGAUGUGAACACCAACUACAGAGAGGUUACUUGAGCGCCCAUAUGUUUUGGUUUGAGACCCCUGGAAUCCCAUGUCUCGAUAGCUCCAUUACAACACAGGAUCACUCAUUUAGGGAUCAGAUAGGAACAAUCAUUGCAUACUUAGUGCUUAUGUUUGUUAAAAAGUGUGUUAUUUUUUUUUUUAUCA